AUGGAUCCCUCCACCAACUCUUCACUUAAUGGCGCUCAGCAUACAAAGGGUCAAUCGUACAACCUGCUCGAGGGCAUCCAGGCCUAUGCGAGCACCGAUGGUCUUCAGAAUGGAGAAGAUCUGUCUCGCUUUUUUGACCCUGAGCUAUUCGACACUACCACCAUUGGCAGCAGUUAUGCUCAACCCGCCUUGUCCAUGUCGCAGGACUACGAUCCCAACACAGGCCGACCGUCGGGGACACCAGAUCCACAACACUACAACAAUGUUCCCCAGCGACCCUUUCCUCACCAUCAGUACUCUCAACCCUUCUACGAUUCACGCCAACUGAAUCAAGCCAACUAUGACCCCCGAUUCUUUUCGCGACCCUCUGCUUCACCGGUGGGGUUCGAAGGCGGUUAUUCGUAUCAGCAUCAGAUGCGCUACCCGAACCAGCAAUUCGGUGCUCAGCAGUUGAGCAUGCAAUCUCAAACUCCCCCUCCUUCGCAGAAUUAUGCCCCCAGACAACAGCAACAAGGGCAGUCACAGCAAUUACAGUAUGUCAACAUGGGUCCGCACCCGACACAGCUGUCGCAUGUCCAGGGCAGUGACAUGAUGCGCUUCGGGGCCUACUCAGACCAAACCCAUCAGCCCGCAAAUCAUCAUUUUGUGGACCCUUCGAUGUUGAAUGCAAAUCAGAUGAUGCAUACGAACACCAACCACGGCUUUCAGACGCAGCAACCUUACAUGGCGGCUUCGUACUUCAAGACGGGUUCAACAGUGGACCCGAGAUCGCUGCAAGGAGGUCAGCCGAUGCAGCCGAUGCCGCCGGCCACGUCACAAACACCAAUUCCAGGCGUUACUAUCCAGCCAAAGCCACAACAAGAUGCGAAGCCGACAGCUGGAAAACCCCAAGAUGCGUCCAAAAAUAAAAGGGGUCGACCGAGAAAGGAUGCAUCUGCGAAGUCCACCGAACACCCCUCGGGAUCUGGGACGGAUUCCGACGAUGAGUUGGAAAUCUUGGAGGUCGAAGAUGAGCAGCCUCCAGAGAAGACGCCAAACCUACUGUGCGUGGCGAUGCCAACCGAUGAACGAGGCAGAGCUCUUUAUACCGCAGUGCAAGCUAUCUGGACCCCUCGCAACAGACCCGCCUCCCCCGAACAGAUCCGCGGUGGCAUUGCUAGGUUUGGUGAUGUCGUGCGAGGCUUGAGAGAUGCUUGGAAGACGAAGAAUGAAAGUCUGAGAAAAGCAGAGCUUCCUGAUUCUCCCACAGCUGCAGACGCUCCCAGUUUAAAGGAAGAAGUGGCGCGCUACCGCCAAGUCAUGGAAACCGUCAUGACGAGGUCUUUGCUGUAUGGCCAUCCGGACAUCGUCGAUAGACUAGGUGAAAAUCAGUUCACAAUGUCCGCCUUGUACUCGUUCAUGCUCGACAGAUUCAACGCAGCCGAUUAUGAUAGUAGUCUUCUCAGAUCCAUCCUCAAGUUUGUUGUCGAAUUCGGGACGCUGGAUACAGAGAUGUUAGAGAUGACGAAGAUGUCAAAGAUCCUACAGCGUCUGACCAAGAAAGCCACGAGUGAUGUCAAGACAUUGGCACAGACUGUCCUAGACAACGCUGUCGCAGCUACGGCAAAGAAGGCCUCCAUCACUCGUGACAAGAAGGCUGACAAGCCGAUGUCACCUAAAUCUGUUGGGAGUCCAGCAGACGGGACACGAAAGGAGAGCGCGACGGGGGUCAAGCGUCUCCGAGAAGGCGAUGGGUCAACUCAGCCGGCUCCGAAAAAGGUCGCCAAAUCGAUCCCACAGUCCUCGAAACCCCUGGCUUUGCAAAAUGCCGAACGUAGAAAGGCGUUGGAGGCCGCUCAUGCGGCGAAGGCGGGAGAGAAAGCAACCUCUGCCUCAGCAGGAACAACGGCCAAUCCGGCGGCGAAGGCAAAAGUGGCUGUAGCUGCACCCCCGAAGUCUUCACUCUUCGCGUCUCUAGCAUCGGCUCCAAAAAAGCCAGGCACCUCGAACGCAGAACGAGCCGCUGCAGCUGCGAAAGAGAAGGCCAGCACAACGGCAUCUCCUUCUACGGCUCCUGCUCAGCCAGCGAAGAAACUGAACACGGGCAAAGAGUCACCACCGCGAAAUGGCGUCUCCGCGCCUGUCACAAAGGCUGCAAACGCGUCGUCCUUCUUGGGUUUGCUCGCAGACAUGGAGAAAAGGCCUGAAAAAGAGGCCAAAAAGGAAAACGAGGUCCCGAAUGAGACCGAAGAACAAAAGGCCAAGAGACUGCGGAAGGAAGCUCGUCGGAAACUCCGUGUCACCUGGAAAGCAGAUGCGGAGCUCGUGGAGACUCGCCUGUUCACCCAUGAUCCUGACGAAGAGCUGGACCAGGGCGACCGUCUGAAACGCGACGCUGGAGACACCGGUCGUGAAGGCGAAGCGCUUAAACACCACAAGAAUUUGGAUGAUCUGGAUGACGAAGAAGACGAAGACUCUUUCGAAGAUUUUGAGCCAUAUACAUCACCGUCCGAGGUGGAUUUUAGUUACCUUGAGGAUGCUUUGCUUGGCGAAGAUUCACCACACUUGAUCAAUUCACCCAAAUUCGGGGGCUCGAUGAAACCUACCAGCCCAAGCAGUGAAGCACAGAAUAAAUACGAGCAAGACACACUCAUGGCACUCUACACUUCCAAGGCCGACCGCCCGCCGACGCCAAAGGAGCCCGAUGAUACGAAGGAGGACGAAGGUGAUUUUGAGCCUGCCGAGCCGGAUACACCUUUCGGAGAGCCUAGCGAGCAGACACGUCGACGAGAGAAGGAGUACUUGGCGCGACAAGUCCGGACAACGCCUGCUACAGAUCUUGCGACUCAAAUCCAAGCCAUGUCUGCGUCGCAGAUGUCUCAACCACAGCCAGGAGCAAUUCCCCCGGAGCUUCAACGUGCUCUGAGCAUGCUGGGCCGGUCAAAUCAGCCGAAUCAACCAAGCCCUGCCGUGCAAGCCACGCCGGCUGCAAAUGUGAACUUGCAGGCGCUUCUCCAGACAGUCCUUGGGAACCAACCGCAAGGUCAACCUCAACAAGCUCAGUAUCCAUCCGCUGGCCAGUCUACGACCCUGGCACCAAAUCUAGGCGCACUCUGGGCCUCGAUGCAACAAGGUGCCCAAGGCGGAACGUCUGCUAAGGCUCUGCCUGUGGGCCUGGGAGGGAACCCCAACCCCUACGUCGCUAACUUCGACGAUGGAUCACGCAAACAUGGCCGGAGCGACUCAAAUGAGAACGAUAACGACUAUGAGUACGGCAGGAAAGGCGGAACCAAGAAGAAAAAGGGGGACUCAAAACCAUACCUCUACAAGACACUAAUGUGCACGUUCUGGGAGCAAGGCAAAUGCAUCAAGGGCGACGCCUGCACAUAUCGUCACGGCGAUGAAGACGAUUAA